UUACUAACCUUCAUGCAAAGCACUAGCAAGACGGCGGUCGCAAUUGCGCAGGUCUCCGUCGUUCUCGCUCAUCUCAAACGAGCCAAACGAGUGAUGGAGAACACCGCCUCAAAGAUCACAUGUCUGUCAUGUGACCACGCAUAGCAGGAAGGAGUAGUUGUAAAUAUUAGAAGUAAUUUCACGUUUGCCUUUAUGAACUUCUGACUUUUUAAAACGUGAAACGCGACAUGCUAUUGCCUUCUUAUUCACCUCUUUUAAUUGAAGGGAAAAGACUUAAAAGACAAACUGUCCUAACAGGGUGCCAAAAAGAACAAUCAGAUGUCUUCCUCUUCUUCACCUUCCGUGCUCCUAAAUACUGGGGUUCAGAUGCCCCUCCUGGGUCUGGGGACCUACAAGUUGGUGGGUCCUGAAGAUGUCUAUCAGGCUGUGGAUGCAGCGCUGGCGGCAGGUUAUCGGUCUUUUGACAGUGCAGCCGUCUACCGAAAUGAAGCUGACCUGGGCCGAGUGCUGAAGGAGCUCCUUCCCAAACAUGGCUUAACCAGAGAGGAUGUGUUCAUAACAAGUAAACUGGGCCCGAAGGAUCAGGGGGAGGGAGCGAUGGAAGGAGCCCUCCACAGCCUGGCUCAGCUGGACCUGGGCUACAUUGACCUCUACCUGAUCCACUGGCCUGGCACACAGGGUCGUGUAGUGACUGACCAACGCAACCCAGGUAACAGAGCUGAGAGUUGGGCCGCUCUGGAGGAGCUGCAUUCCCAGGGGAAGCUGAAGGCCAUCGGAGUGUCCAACUACACACCAGCACACAUGAGGGAACUGAUACAGAGCUGCAAGAUCCCUCCUGCUUUGCUGCAGGUAGAGUUUCACCCAAGGCUUUGCCAGACAGAGCUGAGGAAAGUGUGUGAGGAGUAUGAAGUGUGUUUCCAAGCGUACUCCUCCUUAGGGAAAGGAGAGCUGGUCACUGACCCUGUGGUGCUGGAGGUGUCAAAGAACUGUGAACGCACACCUGCACAGGUCCUGUUGCGCUGGGCUGUGCAACAGGGUGUCCCAGUGCUGCCAAAGUCCUCAAAUCCAGACAGAAUAAAGGACAAUGCCAGGCUUUUUGACUUCACACUGAGUGACACAGACAUGGACAGACUUUCAGCUUUGGACUGUGAACACAAAUAUUGCUGGGAUCCAUCAGAAGUGGUUUGAAAGACCACAUAUUCACAAUGCCUCUUUAAUUUGGCUGUUCUUUAGCUCUGACUGCAAAGACGAAGUGGUGGUAAAGGUGAGAGGUUGGAUAUGGACAACUCAGUUACGUAAUAAAUGCACUGGACUGAUGUAUUCAGAAAUUUGGCAAAUAUAUGUACUACGCUUCUGAGAGUUCAGGAAACCUUUUAGAAAACAUUUACUUAUAAGUGGUCCUUUUAAUUGUCACCCAUAUGCCAUGAAACAUGCAAAGCCUUUUAGGCCUAAAUGUGCUGCAUGUAGAGCAAAACCGUGUCAUCAUGUUAAGACUAUUUCUAUAUUCUUUGGUGCCUCACACUUUAAUUCAUAUGCAAAGUCAGAAUAAAAUAAUUAAAAAACAGAAA